AUGGCAACCUCCACCACCAUAACCUUGAAGCUCCUGAUUGAUACAAAAGGGCAGAGUGUUCUAUAUGCCGAAGCUGGCAAAGAUUUUGUUGAUUUUCUCUUUAACAUAUUGAUAUUGCCUGUAGGUACUGUUAUAAGGCUGCUUGCAAAAGAAGGCAUGGUCGGAUGCCUUGCAAACCUUUACGAGAGCGUUGAAAAUUUGGGUGAUACAUACUUCCAACCGACAACAAACAAGGAUACCUUGUUGAAACCUAACUAUUCAUCAAGCUUGGCAACCAAUGUUCCUCGCUUGUUACCAACCAUUCAAUAUAAAACCACACAAAGCAUUUACAUGUGUUCUACUAAUAAUUUUGGCUGUGUUUCACGUUGUGGUAAUUAUUAUGCAAAUGAUCCAACAUCGAAGUGUCCUUCUUGCAAAAAUGCUAUGAACUCCCCUGCAUCAUUUGUAGAACCCCCAAAUAAGGUUUCAACUGCAUCAUCGGAUGCAAAUGAAGGCGGUUAUGUGAAAGGUGUUGUUACAUAUACGAUCAUGGAUGAUCUGACGGUCACGCCAAUGUCAACUAUUUCAAGCAUAACUAUGCUCAAUAAGUUCAACGUUCAACGAGUUGAUGCUUUGGAAGAGAAAGUGGUUGAUGUAGGCAUAAAUGAGGGUGUGGAGUUACUGACGGCGUCGCUACAGUCCAAGAACGCGCUUACCAAUGUAUUCCUUACCCAGAAGGCCGGGAAGAAGCGUUGUAAGUGA